AGGUGAUCAAGUUGACAUUUGAGGAUUUUGACUUGGAGAGAGGCUAUGACACCCUAACAGUAGGAGAUGGCGAGCUGGUAGGAGACCAGAAAACCAUCUUUCACGUCCUGUCUGGUACCACCACACCAGACCUGGUAGUUAGCACCAGUCACCAGAUGUGGCUCAACUUCAAAACAGAUGACACCAGUGGCUCCCUCGGUUUCAAGGUAUCCUAUGAAGAAAUUGACCAGGGCAGCUGUGGAGAUCCCGGGAUCCCGGCUUAUGGUAAAAGGGAGGGAGCAGGCUUUCGUCAUGGCGACAGGCUGUACUUUGAGUGUCUGCCAGCUUUUGAGCUGGUGGGGAAGAAGAACAUCACCUGUCAGAAGAACAACCAGUGGUCGGCUAAGAAACCCAGUUGUGUUUUUUCCUGUUUCUUCAACUUCACCACUCCAUCAGGCGUGCUACUCUCCCCUAACUAUCCUCAGGAAUAUGGAAACAAUAUGCACUGUGUGUGGCUGAUCAUCACCAACCCUGAAAGCAGAAUCAACCUGGCCUUCAACGACCUCAGCAUGGAGAAACAGUUUGACUUCCUCUCCAUCAAGGAUGGAGGAAAGGCUGAAUCUCCCAUCCUGGGCACCUUUUCUGGAGACGCUCUGCCACCUCCCAUAACUACAAGUGCCCACGUGGCACGACUGGAGUUCCUGACUGACCACACAUACACAAACAGAGGAUUUAAUAUCACUUUUACAACAUUUCGCCACAACGAAUGCCCGGAUCCAGGAGUGCCAGUUAAUGGAAAACGUUUUGGGGAGAGCCUACAGCUGGGGAGUUCCAUCUCAUUCCUGUGUGAAGAGGGCUUCGUGAAGACCCACGGAUCUCAAACCAUCUCCUGUAUUCUGAAAGAUGGCAAUGUCGUAUGGGACAAUGCUGUCCCUCGUUGUGAGGCCCCAUGUGGAGGAGAUCUGAAAGCUCCCAGUGGAAUCAUCCUCUCUCCUGGCUGGCCAGAACUAUACAAGGAGGCCCUUAACUGUGAAUGGAUCAUUGAGGCUCCUCCGGGCUAUCCCAUCAAGAUCAUUUUCGACAAGUUUCGCACUGAAGUCAACUAUGAUGUUCUUGAGGUUCGUGAUGGACGAUUUCCUUCCUCACCUCUUAUUGGAAGUUACCAGGGCACCCAGGUUCCUCAGUUCCUUAUCAGCACCUCCAACUUCCUGUAUCUUCACUUUUCAACUGACAAGAGCCACUCUGACAUUGGCUUUCGCAUACGUUACGAAACUUUGCAGCUACAGUCAGAUCACUGCGUGGAUCCUGGCAUACCUGUCAAUGGGCAGCGGCAUGGAAACGACUUCUAUGUGGGUGCUUUGGUGACAUUUAGCUGUGAGGCUGGAUACACACUUAGUGACACGGAGCCUUUGGAGUGUGAACCCAAUUUUCAGUGGAGUCGCCCCCUGCCUAGUUGCGAUGCGUUGUGUGGAGGUUAUAUCCAGGGCAACACCGGAACCAUCCUGUCUCCUGGCUUCCCAGAUUUUUACCCACACAACCUGAACUGCACGUGGAUAAUUGAGACCUCCCAUGGCAAAGGUGUCCAGUUCUCCUUCCACACUUUCCACCUUGAGAGCCCUCAUGACCAUUUACUGGUGACGGAGAACGGCAGCUUCUCUCAGCCUCUGUGGAGACUGACCGGCUCCACACUGCCUCCACCUCUCAGCGCAGGCCUGUUUGGAAACUACACAGCACAGAUCCGCUUCCUCUCUGACUUUUCAGUCUCAUAUGAGGGAUUUAACAUCACUUUCUCAGAGUAUGAUUUGGAACCAUGUGAAGAUCCUGGAAUUCCACUCUACAGUACUAGGAAAGGACUGCAGUAUGGCGUCGGCGAUUCCCUCAUCUUUUCCUGUUUCCCGGGUUACCGACUGGAAGGUCCGGCCAGGGUGGUGUGUUUGGGGGGCAGGAGGCGGGUGUGGAGCUCCCCUCUGCCAAGGUGUGUUGCCGAAUGUGGCUCGUCCGUGACUGGCAUGCAAGGGGUGCUGCUCUCCCCCAACUACCCGGGUUACUAUGGCAACAACCACGAAUGCAUCUACUCCAUCCAGACGCAGCCUGGCAAAGGCAUUCAGCUGCGAGCGCGGGACUUCCGACUGGAGGAGGAUGACGUGCUCAGAGUCUUUGAUGGCAGCAAUAAUAAAGCUCGUCUACUGGGGGUGUUCACAGGCAACGAGCUGCUAGACACCAUGCUGAACUCCACCUCCAGCUCCAUGUGGCUGGAGUUUAUCAGCAAUGCUGAUAACACCAGCAAAGGCUUUGAACUACACUUCUCCAGUUUUGAGCUUGUAAAAUGUGAGGAUCCAGGAGUUCCUCAAUUUGGCUACAAGCGUGAAGACAAGGGUCAUUUUGCAGGAAGCACAGUAACGUAUGACUGUGACCCAGGAUACACCUUAAAGGGACCCGAGGUGCUCACCUGCCUUAGAGGGGAAAGGAGGGCCUGGGACAGCCCCCUUCCGCUCUGUGUUGCUGAGUGUGGAGGCGCCAUCAUGGAGGAGCCUUCAGGUCGUAUCCUGUCUCCGGGCUACCCAGCUCCAUACGAGCAUAACCUGCACUGUAUGUACCGGUGA